UAUAAUGAAUGCAGUGUUUGCUCUUCAUGCAGAAGGUGUACUGUUUCUGACGCAGUCUGUUGCCGUCCCUGACACGCUUACCGGUUAUUUACCGGGCAACAGUUGCAUCAUUUAUCAACCGGUGCGUUACAACAGCCUUACUUUGCAAUACCUCAAGAAUAGGGACUAACGGAUUUGCGCGUGGUUGAGCUCGUCGCGCGUCGCGGUGAGUCAGUCAGGAGGAUCCGCGGUGAGCUCGCGCGCUGUGCGUCAGUCAGUCCUCGUUCUGUUGACGGUACCGGGCGGCAUGGAACGGAAUGCAAGAGCCGAUUAAAUUCUGUCAGACAGUCACAGAGACCGAUACCCGCGUCCGCGUCUUUACCUGUGUUUUGUGUUUCCUGUAAGGCUGGAAAGAUUGACGCGUUAAGAAGGUUAUUCGGAGGCAGCGCUCACCCUGGAAGCACCAUGGCCAGGGGAAGCGAGGAAUCUGGGAAUGGAUCGUGGAAAAAGCAAGUGGAUGACAUCAGGAAGAUUUUCGAGUUGAAGGAAAUCCUCGGGACUGGGGCGUUUUCUGAAGUGGUCCUGGCCCAAGAGAAGGCCACAGGAGACAUGUACGCCGUGAAAUGCAUCCCGAAAAAAGCACUAAGAGGAAAAGAGAGCGGAAUAGAAAACGAGAUUGCAGUGCUUAGGAAGGUCAAGCAUGAGAACAUUGUGGCUCUAGAGGACAUUUACGAGAGCCCCAGUCAUUUAUAUCUUAUUAUGCAACUUGUGUCGGGUGGGGAGUUGUUUGAUCGUAUUGUGGAGAGGGGUUUCUACACGGAGCAGGACGCCAGCGCAUUAAUCAAACAGGUUCUGGAUGCAGUUAACUACCUGCAUUCACUGGGGAUAGUCCACCGAGACCUGAAGCCGGAGAAUCUGCUCUAUUUUAACCCGAAUGAAGAAUCCAAGAUUAUGAUAAGUGAUUUUGGGCUGUCCAAGAUGGAGGACGCAACCAAUGACAUCAUGUCCACAGCCUGCGGGACGCCGGGAUAUGUGGCUCCAGAGGUGUUAGCACAGAAGCCUUACAGCAAAGCCGUGGACUGCUGGUCUAUCGGAGUUAUUGCUUACAUCUUGUUGUGUGGAUACCCUCCAUUUUACGACGAGAAUGACUCCAAACUGUUCGAGCAAAUACUGAGGGCAGAAUACGAAUUUGAUUCCCCGUACUGGGACGACAUUUCUGAUUCGGCUAAAGACUUCAUUAGUAACCUGAUGCAGAAAGAUCCGGAAAAGAGGUUAACUUGUGAUGAGGCUCUUCUGCAUCCAUGGAUAGCUGGUGAUACUGCGCUCUGUAAGAACAUCCACGAAUCAGUCAGCCGACAGAUGAAGAAAAACUUUGCGAAAGCAAAAUGGCGACAAGCGUUUAAUGCCACUGCAGUGAUCAGACAUAUGAGGCGUCUUCAGCUUGGCAGCAGUAUGGAUUCCUCUCAACACAGGAAGCAGAAUCCAACAUCCAUGCCAGGGAAGAGUCAGUCGGUUGAUGUUUCUUCAGUCCACCGCAACGACUGUUCGUCCGUGCAGGCGGCAAACUCUUCCUCGAAGACGGGAACGCCUGAGCGAAAAGCGCGGGCAUCCACGGUCACCACCAUCAUCACCGGCUCAAAAUGACAUCACUUCAUGUGAGACCGCUGACUUGACUAUUGCACUUUGUGGAAAAUCGUGUUUUCUUCUAUUUAACGGUAACUUCCAUUGUCCACAGUCGAACACGUUUUCCUCUCUGGAAAGCCAAUGGCGCGCUACACCUUGAGACUGUCUCAAAAAGAGCGGCCUAUGUAUUUAAGGUGACUGUUUUAACGAGUAAAGCUCACGACUUGAACGUUAAUGUGGCUGUUGAGUGGAGAUUACGAACCUCGAGUUGAAGCACAUCUGCUUUGGGUCGUAAUAGUUCUUAGAAGUUGUGCAGAUAAAACAGUUUUCAUUCAUUAAACCGUUGUUGUAACUUUUUGCUGCUGUGUUUCAACCUGCUGCUCUUUUGAAGGACCAAACGAUAAAGGAUGUGAGAUUUAAAGAGUCUAGAGAAGCUGAUGUAGUUAAUAGAGGCUUUAAACCAAUAGAUAGAAUUAUUGUCAUCCAGUAUGUAUAAACUUUGGUUCUGGAUGCAUGAAUGGUGCAAGUGAAUGAAGGAUGUUAAUAUUGUAUACGAAAUGGAAAUGUGCAGUUUUAAUGGUUUUAUCAACACUUUGUUAAUAUCGAGAAGAUUCUGGAGUGAUGUGUGUGUCUGUCAACAAGGUAUGAAAUGGUGGUAAAGCACCUUUUAAAGAGUUUUUUGUGUAUGUUUUGGAUUUAUUUUGUAAGCUUUGCUUUUUUUAAAUGACUUUUUGGCAUUUACAGUAUAAUUUUGUUCACACUUUAUAUUGCAGUGAUUGUUACGUAGUAAUAUUUUGUGUAAAUGGAAGUAUUUGUUGUCACUAACACUUAAAUGAUUAUUA